CGCACCGGAGCGCCGCUGUACCUGGUUAAAGGAGCCGAGGACUGUGACACGCGUCGUUAAAGUCAACGGUUCGGAUACGAAGAGGAAAGAGCACGGUCUCUGUUAACCGGAGAAAAGAAAGAAACGCCAUUUAAAAGUGAGUUUGGAAGAACAACUGCAAGGAUUUACUAAGUGGACACGAGUGGGACCGUGGCAGCUGGAACAUGACAUCGAUAAAAGGGGAUUAAACUGCAGGGAUGUUAAGGAAAAUGAUGAAAGCCAUGUCAGCACAGUAAGGAGUGACUUCCGAGGCGGACAGGGAUGGCUUGAUUUCUCACCCUGGGGAGAGCGGCUCUCAUGUUUCUGUGGAAGAGAAAGAAAGUUUGCUGCGCUUCACUCGGAUACAAGUCUACUUUGUGAGAGACACCGCUGCUGUGACUUGUUUCUCAUCCCAGUAGCAGAGCCCGCCAGUUUUUUUUUUUUUGUUUUUUUUUGGGGGUACCGGGCUCCUAACUGUUCACAAUGUCCAAACCCGCUUUAAAGAAAAACCACUGGACAUCCAGAGUGAACGAGAGCUCGGUGUGUAAAGAUGCCCGUGGUGACUUGAACGUGCCACUGAACGGCGGCGCUGAGAACGGAGAGUUUGCCUACAUCGGGCAAGUGAAUGAGGAUGUCGUGGUUUACAAAAGUGGGAAAUUAACUGAAGGGGACCUGCUGCUGGAGGUGGAGAACCUCUCGAUUUCAGGAUUACCCUUGUACGACGUGCAGACAGUCAUAAAGAACUGCAAAGGUCCCGUCAGGUUGAAAACUGUCAGACAAGGAAGCAAGCUCAACAAGGACCUGAAGCACUAUCUGAGCCAGCGCUUCCAGAAGUCCUCGCCCGACCACGAACUGCAGCAGACCAUACGAGAUAACCUCUACCGUCACGCCGUGCCUUGUACAACCCGCCCCCCACGUGAAGGUGAAGUUUCUGGCGUGGACUACAACUUCCUCUCAGUUGAGGACUUUCUAGAGUUGGAGAAGAGCGGAACCCUUUUGGAGAUCGGAACAUAUGAAGGUAACUAUUAUGGGACGCCCAAGCCACCGGUGCAGCCCCCCGGUGGGAAAGUGAUUAGCAAUAGCAGCAGCGGCGGUGAUGCCCCACUGCCAGACGGACUCAGCGGUAGCCUGCCGGGCUCGCAGCACUCCACACCCCGACGCUCCAAGUCCUACAAUGACAUGCACAAUGCUGGAAUAGGGCCUGGAGAGCAGCAGCAGGAGGACGACGAGGACCUCCCUGACAUGAAUAGUAGCUUUACAGGAGACUCCAGUGAAUUAGACGAGAUUCAUCACUCGGUGCGACCCUUCGCCCCUCGCCAGAGUGAACCGUCCUACCCUGGGACAACCCCCUCACCACCGUCCACCACGGAGAGCACACAGCAGUCACACCCUCACCUGAGCCAUCCUCCCCCUGAGGACCCAUUGGGACCUCUGCCUGACAACUGGGAGAUGGCCUACACCGAGAACGGAGAGGUCUACUUCAUAGACCACAAUACAAAGACCACCUCUUGGAUAGACCCUCGGUGCCUGGACAAGCCUCAGAAACCCCUGGAAGAAUGUGAAGAUGAUGAAGGGGUCCAUACAGAGGAGCUGGACAAUGACUUAGAGCUUCCUCCAGGAUGGGAAAAAAUAGAUGAUCCAGUGUAUGGGGUCUACUAUGUUGAUCAUAUCAACAGGAAGACCCAGUAUGAGAAUCCAGUGCUGGAGGCUAAGAGGCGCAGGCAGCUGGAGCAGCAGCCUCAGCAGCCUCAGCCCCAAAGCCAGCAGCCACCUGAAGGUGAGCGCUACAUCCGAGAAUGGAUCGAGGACUCGGCGUUGGCAGGGGCCCCACUGGCCAACUAUGCUGCCAACCACCAGGAGACCUACAGGGACCCUCAGACAGGACCCCCAGUGCCCAACGCGAUGGGACAAAAGCGAGGGAAGCCUUUCUUUACUCGGAACCGAUCGGAGCUGAAGGGGACUUUCAUCAAUACCAAGCUGAAAAAGAGUCGCCGGGGUUUCGGUUUCACUGUCGUGGGAGGCGACGAGCCAGACGAGUUCCUGCAGAUCAAGAGUCUGGUCCUAGAUGGUCCUGCCGCACUCGAUGGCAAGAUGGAGACAGGUGAUGUGAUAGUGAGCGUCAAUGACACGUGCGUGCUAGGUUACACACAUGCCCAAGUUGUGAAGAUCUUCCAGUCCAUCCCAAUCGGCUCCAUGGUCAACUUGGAGCUGUGUCGUGGCUACCCGUUGCCCUUCGACCCCGAUGACCCCAACACAAGCCUGGUUACCUCAGUGGCCAUUCUUGACAACAAGGAGCCCAUCAUCGUCAACGGCCAGGAGGCCUCCAACAGCUACGACUCGCCGUCCAGCCACGGCAGUCAUAGCAACACCAACGGCUCGACAAAUGGCGGAGCUCCGCUGAACGGCCUCCCCCGACCUCACAGCCCCUCUGCGGAGGUGGCUUCCGACACCUCUUCCCAACACGGCUACCCCAGCGAUGUGGUCACCCUGGCCUCAUCCAUCGCAACACAACCAGAGCUCAUCACUGUACACAUGGAGAAAGGAGACAAGGGCUUUGGCUUCACCAUCGCCGACAGUCUCGGAGGUGGAGGGCAGAGAGUCAAGCAGAUCGUGGACUACCCACGCUGCCGCGGCCUCAGGGAGGGUGACAUCAUCGUAGAGGUGAACAAGAGAAACGUACAGAGCAUGUCUCACAACCAGGUGGUCGACCUGCUCAGCAAGUGUCCCAAAGGAAGCGAGGUCACCAUGCUGGUGCAGAGAGGGGUGGCACCUGCAAAGAAGAGCCCAAAACUGCAGUUGUCAAGGAAGGACAGUCAGAACAGCUCCCAGCAUAGCGUCUCCAGCCACCGGAGCGCCCACACGGACUCGCCCGUGCACCCGUCCCUGGCACCCCCUCUCAGCGAGAGCGUCGCUCCCCCGCCCCCGUCUCAACCCCUGCCAGGCCUGCCGCCCCAGGACUCCCCAGCAGACGGGACCAUCCAGAGAAAACCGGACCCCUUUAAGAUCUGGGCCCAGUCAAGGAGCAUGUAUGAAAGUAGGCUUCCAGACUUCCAGGAGCAGGACAUUUUCCUGUGGAGGAAGGACACAGGGUUUGGCUUCAGGAUCCUGGGUGGAAAUGAGCCUGGGGAGCCGAUAUACAUCGGCCACAUAGUGAAGUACGGCGCUGCAGACGAGGACGGACGCCUGAGGUCCGGCGAUGAGCUGAUAUGCGUGGAUGGCACGGCGGUGGUGGGCAAGUCGCACCAACUGGUGGUGCAGCUGAUGCAGCAGGCGGCGAAACAGGGUCACGUCAACCUCACUGUGCGACGUAAAACAAGCUACGGCGUCAAAGCAGAGGGAGACGUUCCUCCGUCGCCGGCGUCCUCCCACCACAGCAGCACCCAGGCGCCCAGCCUGACGGAGGAGAUCGGAAAGCGCACCCCGCAGGGCAGCCAGAACUCCCUCAACACCGUCAGCUCCGGCAGCGGCUCCACCUCCGGCAUCGGCAGCGGAGGAGGAGGAGGGGGCGGAGGGGCCGGGGGCAGCGGCAACACAGUGGUCCCCGUUGUAGCAGCAGCAGCAGCAGCCGUCGCCACCUCCUCUCAGCCCCCCAACGUCGUCUCCACCGUCCCUAUAUCCGCCUUGCAGCCCUACGACGUAGAGAUCCACCGCGGCGAGAACGAAGGGUUCGGUUUUGUCAUUGUGUCGUCGGUGUCACGGCCCGAAGCCGGCACCACCUUCGGCCGCAUCAUCGAGGGAAGCCCGGCAGACCGCUGCGGGAAGCUGAAAGUGGGCGAUCGCAUCCUGGCGGUGAACGGAUGCUCCAUCACCAACAAGUCGCACUCUGACAUCGUCAACCUCAUCAAGGAGGCCGGGAACACGGUCACGCUACGCAUCAUUCCUGGAGACGAGUCAUCAAAUGCGUCUUUAUUGACCAACGCGGAGAAGAUCGCCACUAUAACCACCACUCACACACCUCAGCAGCAGGCUGCACCUGAGGCCAGGAACAACACCAAACCAAAACAGGAAUCAUAUGAAUUCAAAGCCCCUCCAGGCCCUCCUCCCCAGCCCCCAACACAAGCCCAGGAUGCAGAGUUCUACUCAGUGGACCUGGAGCGAGACAACAAAGGCUUUGGCUUCAGCCUGCGAGGAGGCAGAGAAUACAACAUGGACCUGUACGUGCUGAGGCUAGCUGAGGACGGAGCAGCUGUCCGCAACGGGAAGAUGAGGGUCGGCGACGAAAUCUUGGAGAUCAACGGCGAGAGCACCAAGGGCAUGAAGCACGCGCGAGCCAUCGAGCUCAUCAAGAGCGGAGGCCGACGCGCCCACCUGGUGCUCAAGAGGGGCGACGGCUCGGUGCCUGAAUAUGACGGCAGCCCCGACGACGGCAACGCAGCCAACCCAGCCUCAGGGUUACAAAACGCUGCGGAAGUGAACGCCCUGCUCUCAACCGACGCACCACUGGAGUCAAGCUACCCACCAGAACCCAACCAACCAUCCCAGAGCAAGAAGGAGCCGAGCCGACACUCAACCGGCACCGGCAGACACCACCAUUCCAACCAACGCCACCGGUCCCCCAACAAGAAAACCAGCACGGGAAAACACAAGGGGAGGAAGUCCGCGGGGAAGGACAAGAAGAAGGACGACAAGGGGAAAGACGGCCACCGCCACCAUUCCAGCGGGCAGCACCGUAGCCGUCACCGUUCGCCCGACAAGGCGCACAAACGGACGCACAGUGCGGAGAACACCCUGGAUAGCCGUCACCGGGGACACCGCCACGGCCGCUCCCCCGACAGACGCCGCGGCCACCAGUCCCCAACUCGCCACCGCUCUCCCAACCGCCCAUCUCACCAACACAGGUCCCCCCAUCGCUCUCGCCACCACUCGCCCACCAGACGCCACGCCCACUCCUCAGAUCCCUACCGCAGGCGCGCCUCCCCGGAAAGAUCAAGGGGACACGGCAACAACAAGCCCAACGGGGUUGAGGCCGUAUUGAAGGAGCC